AUGAAGGCUUUAAAAUAUAAUUUGGUUUUUAUAACUAUCAUCAUCUUGUUGGUUAUUUUACCAACAAGUUUUACGCAAACUAUAAAUUAUUCAAAAACUACAUAUACAGAAGAACUUUACCAAAAUAAUCUUACAACUUCACCUCAUGUACUGUAUAUUCGUCAUUACAGUGGAAAUGAAGGUGCAGCAGUUGUUCAUAUCGGGCGCAUUAAUUAUUCUACUAAUACUACAACAU